AUGGUUGAUUCUUCAAGGGCUCGGGUUGAAGAAGUAUGGUCUCCCCCAGUUCAGGGUACGUUUAAAAUUAAUGUAGAUGCUUCAUUUAAUUUUGUAACUUCUGAAGCUGGUUAUGGUUUCUUGAUUCGAAAUUUUGGAGGAUUUAUUAUUGAUGGAUUUGCAGCAAAAUUUCGACGUUUUUCUCCUCUUGUGGCAGAAGGAAUUGGCCUUCAGGCAGCAAUUAAGUUUGCUGCUAACAGGCAUCUAGGAAGCUGUUUGGUGGAAAUUGAUUCUCUCCAGAUCAAGUCGCUUUUAUCCUCACUCCCUGAUCUAAUUCCAUGGGAGGUGGCUGCCAUUAUCCAAAAUCAAAAGAGGCUUCUGUCAUGUUUGGUCAAUGUGUCUAUCAGUUUUGUUCCUCGAUCUGCUAAUGAAUGUGCCAGUUGGAUAGCAUGUGCAGUUAGGAACGGUACUUUAUUGCCUGGCUGGAUUUCUAAUCCUCCAGCACAACUUGUAAAACUUCUAGCAAAAGACAUGUUGAAUGUUUCUGGUUGA